UUUGUUCAGAUAUUGUACUAAUUAAAUUUUAUUAGUUUUUACGUCUCUCUGAAACAAGCAAAAUGGGGAAAUCAUUCAAUAAUUAUAUGUGCAAGAAGGAUUUUCAUCCAGCAUCAAGAGACAACAUCAAAAGAGUAUGGAUGAGACAACAAAAACUUGACCACGAAAAGAGGAAACAGGAGGAAAUGAUGGAACAAUACAGAAAAGAACAAGAUAUGCAUGAAACUAGGGUAUUAAUGGGAGACAGCAAGGCUAAACUGGGAUUGAGUUUCAUGUAUGAUGCGCCUCCCGGAUUACAAAAGAAAAAAGAAGAAGAGGACACAACGGAAUACAAAUUUGAAUGGCAAAGGAACGCACCUCGUGAAAAAUGGAUGAAAGAUGACAAACAGACGCUAAACGACCAGCCUUUCGGAGUAUGUGUUCGUAAUGUGAGAUGCAUAAAAUGUCACCAAUGGGGGCAUAUUAACACAGAUCGAGAAUGUCCUCUGUAUAAUAAAACAUCUUCUUUUGAUCCUAGCAUGACAAUGAUGGAUCCAUCAGCUGCGGCUGGUGCAAUGCAGUCCACUUCUGGUCUUAAAUUAAAACCACAAAUAAUGCAAAAUCAUUUUGAAAUAAAGGAUCAAAAGCAUGAUAUUGUCAAACAUGAAGAAGAUGAGCCGGAAGUUGCAUUUUUAAAAAAUCUUUCUGACAAACAGAAAAUGAAAUUAUUAAGAAGGCUGAAUCGCAUGGAAAAGAAGAAGAAAAAGAAGAAAUCAGGAAGGAAUAAAAAAAGUAAACACAGCUCCUCAGCAGAGUCUGAUUCAGAAAGUGACAAUGAAAAGAAGUCCAAAAAGCAGCAAAAGUUGAAAAGAAAAGAGCGUUCCAAAAAGAAUGAUUCAUCAGAAUCAGAGGAUGACUCUCCAAAAAAGAAAAAAAAAUCUAAAAGGCAUUCAGAAUCUGAUGAUGACCUGCCAAAAGAGAGAAAAUCUAAAGAUUACAAUAAGAAAAUUCAUCCUAAAGAUGAAUCUUCAUCAAGGCACGAUCGAUCACAAAAAUACUCUCAUGAUGAUAAAUAUGAGAAAGCAAGAAAUCGAGAAAAGGGACAUGAAAGACGAGACUUUCAUAGACGCCAUUGAUAUUUACACAUUUAAUUCUUGUACAAAUUAAUCGUUUUUCAUUAAUUCAGACAUUGCCAAUGAAACAUCCUUAUUGAUGUAUAUAGUGAGAAGUUUUUUUUUCAAUUUUUGGCAUGAUUCUUUUGGUUAUUUUUAACAAAGCCCAUCUUGAAUAGUAGAAUUUUGACGUUUAGAAGUUUGCUUCACUAAUCUUACAUUUUACUUUAUUCCAAAUUCAGAUGAGGCUUCUGAUGCAUUUAUCUUUUUCUUUACGUUAUUAUUUUGGUUGAAUCGAAAAUAAGAUUAUAACAGCUCAUGUUCGAAACAAAUUGAAAUUAUUUACAUUCAAAGAUUUUUUUCAAGAAUUAUUCCAGUAGGCCUACUCAAUUUGAAAAAUAAUUAUUUUGAGUGCCGAUAAUUAAAGUUGAUGAUUCAUCUCUGAAAUUUAUAAGAAAUACAAAACCAGUCAAAUCACUUUAUAUCUAAAUUUACCUGCAUUUCCUGAUCCGAACCCUUUGAAUGUUUACUGAUUGCUCUAUGUAUUUUUCAUUGAACAUGACCCAAUUCAUAAUAUAAUCGUUGUUCUAUGUUCGAAAAUAUCGUUCUAGAAUGCAUUUGGAAUAGUGGAUUCAUUCGGUUCUUGGCAAUCCCUGACCUUGUGUGGCAUCAAGUUUUUGGAAAUUUCUUUUAUGAGUUUAUUGACAUAUUUGUUUAAAUACAUCGUACCUUUGUAUAUAUAUAUAUUCAGUGGUUUCUAGUUUUACUGAUUGUCUGUAACCAUUAAAUAAUUCUUGGAUACAGUGGAAAUCUAUUUUUGAUUUGGUGUUAAUUUCAAUAACUAAUUCAAUAAUUAGGUUGUGCUUUAGCAUCAUCAGUAAUUUAUAUGCCCAGUUAAUAACAGUAAUAGUGAAUUUGAUUUGUAUUUGUGAGUAAUAUAGAAUAUUGUAUUGUUACUUCCUCUUAUCAAUAUAACUAUGAAUAUACUGUGUGUAUGUUUACUAUGGUCAUGCUUUAUUACUUUUAUUCAUUAUUUUUAAG